AUGAAAGUUAAAUGUCCUUUUAGAUUGAGAUAUGUGCCAAGUGGUAUCGGUUCGAAUGUGAUUAUUAGGUGCGAGAUGCAUAAUCAUAAACUAUCUAAGGAUUUAGAAGGCCAUGACAUAUUGGACCGUCUAAAAGAUCAUGAAAGACAGUUUACGGAUGACAUGACGAAGUAUAAUAUGACUCAAAGAUACAUAGUUGCUGCUUUGAAAGACAAAGAUUCAGAAAAUCUCACGAGUGUUACCCAGGUUUAUAAAGCUAGAGCUACAUACUAUACGAGCAUAACAGUGAAGUUGUUGAAUAUGUUUCAUUUGGUGUUGAAUUUUUAUUAUACAUACAAGACAAAUAGGUAUUGGAUACCACUGCUUGAGAUUGUUGGUGCUACGUCAACAAAGUUAACUUUUUUGGCUGGCUUUGCUUAUUUGGAACAUGAAAGGGAGGAAAACUUCACAUGGGCACUGGAGAAGCUCAAAAAGUUUUUUUCUUCUGAGAAAUUGCUACUGAAGAUUGUGGUGAUGGGGCGAAAACUUGCGUUGAUGAAUGCCAUGGAAGCCGUGUUCCCAAAUUGA